AUGGAUUCAAGAUUGCUUUUGAUUACUCAAUCGGGUAGUGUCGAUGCUUUAUAUUCUCUUAUUCAAAAGAAUCCAUGUAUUCUUCAAAACGCAGAUGUUUUACCUAUCAUGCACACACCUCUCCAUGAAGCUUCAAGUAUGGGGAUGAUAGAUAUGGCGAUGGAACUGAUGGUUCUUAAACCAUCUUUUGCCAAGAAAUUAAACUCAGAUGGGUUUAGUCCUUUGCAUCUCGCUAUCGAAAACCGCCAAACUGAAUUAGCACUAGAGCUAGUUAAGUUUGAUCCGAGUCUUGUUCGUAUUCAUGGAAGAGGAGAUCUUCUUACAGAGUUUCUUCUGCUAUGUCCUGAUAGCAUUAGAGAUGUGAAUGUAAAUGGCGAAACCGCAUUACACAUCACGGUAAUAAACGAUAGAUACGAGGAGCUCAAAGUUCUAAGAGGGUGGUUGCAAUUAAUGCGCAAUAAUCAUGCUUCAUCCACCGAGAAUCACGUCCUGAACAAACGUGACCGUCAAGGCAACACGGCCUUGCACCUAGCCGCAUACAAAAAUAAUCACCAGUCAGUAAAACAGUUGUUGAAAUGCAUGUCACUGAACCGGAAUAUCCUGAACAAGAGUGGUAUGACAGCUCUUGAUGUCUUGCGAGCCAAUGGACAGAGCAUAGAAACAGAGAAGAUUGUACAAAAAGCGGGUGGAAAGAUCGCGGCUUCUCUAUCCCAAGUUGAGAAAAAAUCGGUCUUCCUGAGAAAACAGGUCACUUUCAAGGAAUAUUGCUCCACGAGAAUGGCACGUUUCAGAAGUGGCGUGUCAGACGGAACACGGAACGCUCUUCUAGUAAUAACGGCUCUGAUUAUCACAGCUACUUAUCAGACCGCAGCCCAACCGCAAGAAAAAAAAGAACUUCACGAUCUCACAAUUAGCGAUCUCAAACAAAUCAUACUGGAGAUUGUACUACUUUGGGGAUUUAAUACUGCAGCCUUUUUCUUGGCUAUUGCCUUGACAUUUAUACUCUUACCAGUUGGUAGAGUAUAUACUUGGUGGUUUAUCGCCAUCGCCGGGCCUCUAAUGUGUUCUUAUACACUUUCAGUGUAUAUGAAGUAUAGUUGCCCAGUGAUAUUCAAAUUCGCAUAUCUGAUGGUUUUCUCCGGAUUUGUCAUAUAUCUACUUGUAUUCUACAUGAGGUGGAAGCGGACUACGCAGAAGAAAGUGCCAAAUCCCAAAACUGAGCUCCUUUCCGGAGGCUUGAACACUAAGGUUUAG